CGGAUUGUCGUGCGACAUUGAACGUGUAUUUCUACACAUAUAUACAUACAUAUAUCAUUGUUCCGGAAUAUUCUGCGUUGUGUAACUAGACAUACAUUCAGCCAGUGCCGAGCAGACGAGUCAGUUCAAAGCAAGAGAGCGUUUCGUGAAAGUGAUAUUGACUGAGCAAAGAAUAAAGACUCAAACAUGCCUCGACGAGGACGUUCCGCAAGUCCACCACCCCGAAGGGCGACGGUACCUGCGAGGGCUGCACCACCUCCAGCCCAGCCACCUAUGCAGGCUGCGCCAUCAGCCCCAAUGGCCGCUCCAUCCCAAGGUCCAUCUCUGAUGGGACAAAUGGCAGCGACCGCCGGUGGUGUGGCAAUUGGAUCAGCAGUUGGACAUACUAUUGGACACGCAAUGACUGGAAUGUUUAGCGGAGGUUCAGACCAGCCUGCGGCCGCUGCUCCGGCUGCGCCUCAAGCUUCCGUGGCAGGCAAUGCCGAACCCAGCGGACCUUGCGCAUGGGAGAUUAAACAGUUCCUCGAAUGUGCACAGGGUCAAUCAGACUUGACUCUGUGUGAGGGCUUCAACGAGGCCCUUCGCCAGUGCAAAGUUUCAAACCGUGUAAUGUAGUGAGAGAUACGUUUGUUUAAUUAGAACAUCGUGAAAACAACAAGUACACGCUACCUAACCGGCUCAUGAUCACGGAAUCUAUAUUACUUGUAGUUUAACUAUGAUGGUAGUCCUGCUAAUACCCUGACAUGUACAAUAUGUAGAGUUAUUCGUUGAAUAAAUAAAUUCGUCGCCCAAGCUA